AUGCCAUCAUUUUUCUCUUCUUCAAUCCACCUCUCUCGUCGAUCCAGCUCCAGAAGAUCUGCUGUUGAAGAAGAAUCAGAACCAAAACCUGUAGAAACCAUUUGUGAUCCAGAGAUGAAACCCCAAGAAGAACCCAAGAGGGUUUCUAAUGGUUCUUUGGUGAAGAAGGAGAAAGUGGUGAGGUAUAAAGAGUGUAGAAAGAACCAUGCGGCCAACAUCGGUGGUUAUGCUGUGGAUGGUUGUAGAGAAUUCAUGGCUUCCGGAGAGGAAGGAACAAGUGCUGCCUUCAUCUGUGCUGCCUGUAAUUGCCACAGGAACUUCCAUAAAAAGGAGGGGGAUGGUGAUCAUCAGAGCUGCUUCUGUGAUUUCUCAUCCGAUUCUACCACACGGAAAUGA